GAUCAUUCGGCCAGAAUUCGAACAGUUAUUUCACAAGAUAUUAUCUAUAGAAUUAUAUGAAGAAUAAGAAGAAGGUAACCCAAAACUUACACAAAAAAAUAUGUAAAAUGGAUUUAUUUGUUAUACACAGACACGGAGAAGAUCACUUAACAGAUUCCAAACAGGAACAGGAACAAAGCAAUCUAGCCAAAUUCUUAGGAAAAAUUGAAUACAACCAGAGAAACCGCAAGAAACAGAAGGAAAAAAGUAAAAUUAAGGCAUUUGAGAGGACCGCGCGCUUACGCCAAAUUAAAAGAGAAAAAUUGGCAAAAAUUGUUAAUGUUCCAGAAAAUUCUGGUGUGGAUGAAUUCACUGAUGUUAGUUUAACCAUUGAGAAUGAUCUUCCUCCUAGCCAAGAUGUUGAAAAAAUUAUUAAAUUUGGACAUAAGGAACCAUUAAAUGACGAUUUUAGAAUAUUGGGAGUUGAAAAUUUUAACAAGAAAGAAAAGGUGAAAUGGGUGUUACCGCAAUGGAUUUCGCAUCCUACUUUAAUAUCAGCAGAUCUUAAAAAUCUAAAAACUAAAAUUUCUGAUCUGAAGGUACUGGACAAACACCUACGAAAAUUAUUGAAGGCAAAUGGGUUAGUUAACAUGUUCCCAGUCCAAGCUCAGGUGAUUCCCUGGUUAUUGCAGAGUAAUAAUUGCAUUAUGUUCCCAAGAGACUUGUGUGUUUCUGCCCCAACCGGAAGUGGUAAAACUUUGUCAUUUGUUUUACCCAUAAUACAGUUACUUAAGGAGUACUCUUUUAAGAGACUUAGAGCAUUGGUUAUUUUGCCUACUCAAGAUUUGGCUAGGCAGGUAUUUAAAUCCUUUAAAAUAUAUUCCAAAGGUACCACACUCGACAUUUUGCUCUCCGUAGCACAGAACUCAUUUCAAGUGGAGCAGAAAAAUUUGGUGACAAAAAAUGACGCCUUUGGUUACGUAAGCAAGGUUGACAUACUUGUGUGCACUGCUGGAAGAUUAGUCAGCCAUCUCAAGGAUACAGAAGGUUUUGAUUUGCAAUUUCUAGAGUUUUUGGUGAUCGAUGAAGCUGACAGGGUCCUUGACAGUAUGCAAAAUGACUGGCUGCACCAUUUAGAAAAUCAUAUUCCACAUAUGGGACCAAGCAGAAUAUUAAACCAGUUAACCCUAAAAUGUCGCAAACCACCACAAAAGCUGCUUUUUUCGGCGACGUUAUCGCAAGAUCCUGAAAAACUCAAGCAGCUGUCACUUUUCCAACCCAUACUCUUUACGUCUGUUUGUGAAAAUUCAGAUGUAAGUUCCUCAGCGGAAGUCAACUCUGAAAGUUUCGCAGGAAAGUAUGCCACGCCAAGGGAAUUGACAGAGAAAUACAUAGAAACGUCGGUCAAUUUGAAACCGCUAGUCUUGUAUAAAUUGAUAAGAGGGGAAAACUUGAAGAAAACUUUAAUAUUUACACAUUCGAUAGAGUGCACACACAGACUGACUAUCUUACUUAAGGCACUGUUCAAAGACGAACUGCUAAUAAAAGAAAUAUCUUCACAGUUGCAGCCCAAGAGUAGGGAGGAGCUGAUUCAGAAUUUUUCCGAUGGAAAAAUCGAUCUUCUUAUAUGUACGGAUGCUCUUGCAAGAGGAAUUGAUCUGCCGGACGUACAGUGUGUGAUUUCUUACUCUGCACCCAAAUACUUAAAAACUUACAUUCAUAGAGCUGGAAGAACUGCCAGAGCCGGCGCGCCCGGACUAGUCAUUAUCAUUUUGCACGGCUCUCAGCUGUCAAAGUUCAAAGGACUCUUGAGAGAAGCUGGAAAAACUAGUAUAGAGCAGUUAACAAUGCCAGAGGAUGAAUUAACUUCUUUGGCAGAACAAUAUAAAGAGUCUUUAGCAAAGUUGCGAGAAACUGUUGAGAGAGAAGAUAAAAUUGAUGUUCAAAAAAAAAAGUCUGCAAAGAGGUUAAAGCCGGCAAUAAAAGAAAGCCAGAGAAAACGAAUCAAUUUAGGUGACCAAUAAGACUAUUGUUGUUCAUUAAAUACAUUGUGAUUAUAUAAGUGGUUUUGAUUAUCACACACAUGUGCCCAGAUCAUACAGCUAUUAGAUAAUUGAUAGUUUCCUAAAGAGAGUAAUGAUUUUCCGCGCAUGCCUUUACAUUUGAACACAACCCGCACUUUGCGCCAUUUUAUUUCUAAAUAGCGAUUCCACACACUUAACUCGUUUCCCUCAGAACAUUUAAGGUUAAACUAACCAAAACAAACAGUAUUUUGAGAAAAUACUGCCGUUAAAAUGCCGCAUCCAAACUUAUUGA